AUGAAUGAAUCCUCGUGUAUCUUCAACUCUCAGUCAGACUAUAAAGCUGUGUUCUGGUGUGAGUCUGGAUCAGAGCUCAGCAAUGCAGUCAACAUCACUAUAUACAAGCCAAAGCCAGUCCUCACUGUGUCUCCAUCAUGGCUGAAUCCUGGAGCCUCAGUGACUCUGAGCUGUGACCAUGACAACCAGUCUGCAGGUUGGAGGACCUACUGGUAUAAAGCUGUUCCUGAUAAGUCUGGCUACAGACAUGAGCUGCUGCCUGGUGGCAUCAGUGGAACUGCAAAGAACUCCUUCAUGAUUCAUGGACAGAAACACACAGCAGGAUUUGCAUGUAGAGCUGGAAGAGGAAACCCAGAGUAUUUGACUGAUUACAGUAAACCAAAGUUUGUCUGGUCUGCAGAUCCUCAUCCAGCAGCGUCUCUCUCAGUGAGUCCUGACAGAGAGCAACACUUCACCUCUGAGUCUGUGACUCUGACCUGUGGAGGAAACUCUACUGAGUGGAGAGUGAGGAGGUUUUCAGAAUUAGGUGACCUGACCGUCAUACCAAACUGCUCUGACUGGGGGAAAAUGUCUGGAUCCUCAUGUGUCCUUAGCAGACAGUCUUCCUCUAAAGCAGUGUACUGGUGUGAGUCUGGAUCAGGAGAGUUCAGCAGCGCAGCCAACAUCACCUUUCACAAUGAAGAUCUUCUCCUGGUGAGCCCCGUCCAUCCUGUGACUGAAGGAGCUUCUGUUACUCUGAGCUGCAGACGGAGAGGAGAAAACAAACUUUCUGGUGUGAUUUUCUAUCAUAAUGACAAACUGAUCCAAAAUGACAGCAGAGGAGAGCUGAAGAUCUCUGCAGUGUCUCAGUCACAUGAAGGUUUCUACAAGUGUGAACAUUCAGGAGAAGUUUCACCUCAGAGCUGGAUGGGAGUUAAAGGUGCUUCCAAACCUGGGAGCUCUUCGUUUCCAGUGCUGUUGGUCCUUGCAGUAGUUUGUGGAUCCGUAUUGAUUAUUCUGCUGCUGCUGCUGUGUUGCUUUAAACGUUCCAAAGGUUCUUCCCACAGGGCGAUCCAAUCAGAGAUCACUGAUCAGGGAUCUGCUACAGAUCAACCUCUCAAUCAGACCUCGACCAAUGAAUACAGCUUGUCUCCUCAUGGUGAAGAGGAAGCCGGUGACGUCACAUACGCUGACAUUACGUUCAAAAACACCAAACAGAAAACAAAGUCCUCCAGCAGAGACCAACACAGUGCGCUGGAUAUGAAAGGGAGGAAUCCUGAGCCAGAAGAGGGCGCUGUUUACUCCGAUGUGAGGACAGCAGCUGCAGAAGCAAUGAGUGCUGCAGCAGCUGACACAGCACUUUAUUCUGAAGUCAGGAAAGGAUCUAAGAAGAGAGUAAGCUAGCUGGGUUAACUUUAAACUGCAUAUUAUUUAAUGGUGCAUUUUUUUCUUUUUCAUAAAAGCGAACAUAAGCAUCACCUGAUAGAUCUUUUUUCACAAGUUUGUUCAGUGGGAUUUAUAUAUAAAACCAGUUAUCUUUUUUAUUGCAGUCAUUUAUUUUUUUA